GAUCCAAUGAUAAUAUUUCGUUUAGUAUUGUUUAGUAUCAAACGAAAUGCCGCCUAUUCUGUAAUGCCCAAUGGUAAUGCCAAAAACAAGAACUGAAUUCAAAUAUUAAUAUUAUAAUGGAAUAAGUAAAUUUGUUCCACAAAUACAAUAAUAAUUAGGCAACAUGUCUUUAAAUCGCCAGAAAGCAAUGUACUCCAGAAGGGACACUGGCAGAAAUAGGAGAGACAUGCCUUCUACAUCAAGGCAGAUUUUUGAUCAUGUUACCUCAGAAAUGAACACUCCAGAUGAAUUUAAAACCCACAACACUAAUAAUCCAUUUGCCAUUGAGUCAGUUGUGCAGGUAUCACCUGAAGUCAGUUUGAUCAAAACUGUAAAAGUUAGAAGAGUGCCCAAUAAACCCACAGUUCCUGAGAUUGUCCACAUUGAUUUAGAGCUAUUGGAAGAGCAACAACGCAAUGUAUACUAUGUGGAAGUUCAAAAUACAGAAAUGAAGCAACUCUGUAUGAUUUGUAAUAAUUCCAAAGUAGUUAAAUAUAGUUGUAGGUCAUGUGAAGAAAGAUCUUAUAUAUGCCAUGACCAAUGCCUAAACCAAUUACAAACCACUGGAGUGGUUGUCAGUGUCAAGGAAUACUUUACCAAAUUCUAUUGUCCUGUUCAAAUUGACUCCAAUUAUAAGUAUGUAAGGCAAUGCAAACAAUGUGCUGCCAAGCUGCUAAAUGUACCUGGCGUGUUAUCAUGGGAAGCCAUGGAUUUUUGCAAAGAGCAUUGUCUAUAUAGAUAUCAAAAGAAACUUAGCACCGUAUGCGCCGAAUGCAGAGCACCAGUCGCAUUCGGACAAAUGGGUAAAUAUUCGGUCCGAUUUGGUUGCAUAGUCAAGCAAUUCUGCAGCGGUACGUGCUUAGAAGCUAAGAAAAAGAAAAUACGUAUAUGCUCUUACUGCCAAAGAGGUCUGAAAGACCUGAAUACGAAUAUUGGAAAUAAAUAUUUUUGCAGUGAAGUUUGUAAAGGUAUGUUUGAAUUUCUACAAAAUCCCAAGAAGACGCCAUUUUUGAUUAAUUCAAAUGAAGUAGUUUGCUAUGUUUGCAAAUUGAAUGAUAAAUCAAUCAAAAUCGAAUUUGACUACCACCGAUCUAUGUUUUAUUUCUGUUCGACGGAAUGCUUUACAGUAUUCAAAUUUAUACAAAAUUGUGACUCUCCUAAGAAAUGUCAUACCUGUUGUAAGUAUGUGCUACAACAAUACUUAGAGAGUAAUGCUCUGUAUUAUGACAACAGUAUACACUACUUUUGUUCAGAGACAUGCCAACACAUUUACAUAAUAACACAUAGAAGGGUAAUGCCCUGCGUUUGGUGCAAAGUAAAAAAGUACAACUUCGAUAUGAUACAGAAAAAUAAUUUUCUCGGUAUAAACAUUUUCUCAUGUUCUCUCCAUUGUAUGAACUUGCUGAAGGUCAGUGCCGAUUCCAUUAUAAAUAAAGGGUCCUCGUGUCAUUUCUGCUUUAAGGAUGUAGGAAUUUACGACGUGAAAUGUGGAAAUGGAGUUACUUACACAUUCUGCUCAAAUCAUUGCAUCAGCAUGUAUCAAACAUCUCUACAAGCAAGGCCACCUACGAAGAAGGCAACGCGAGGUCGUCCUAAAGCGAAUAAAGGAACACUCCCGGUUAUAACCAAUGUCUGCUCGCUGGCACCGUCGGCGAAAAACAAAACACCUGUAGAAGCGACAAUCAAGAAGAUUGUUAUUGUCAGACAAGCGGAUUAUCCAGAUAUAAGAAACGUUGCGACUUCUGUUAGCCCAUCAAAAUGCACGAAGUCUACUUCUAUGAAAUUUAAUGUCGUUCAUGUUUCAUGCCAAACGGAUAUUCCUGGAAACGAAAACAAGAUUUCACCAAUAAUAACACCUAUCUACAUUCCUUCCCCUAUGUGGGCCUGGAAAGCUCCAAUACUAAAACCUAUUCCUUUUCCUUUAUUCAUACCUUGUCCAGUAUUAAUUCCUUUAACAAAAUCUACAGCGGCCAACAUCCUUAAAGAGGCUAAAGUAGAUUAUGUUAAAGGACCGACGGAUCCUUAUGAGGCUGAAUUAUUGAUGAUGGCUGAGCUUAUAGCAGAGAAAAAAGAUCCUUAUAAUGAACCUGAUAGUGAUACAGAGGAAAAUCUACCAGAAGUGAGUUACAGUUCUGAGGGCGAUGCUUUUAACGAGGAUAUGUUGCAAAUCGCGUUAAAAAUGGCUACUGACUUUGACAAUACACCGAUCGACUUGGAAGGUGAACUAAAGGCCAGCAAGAUAGUACCAACGCAUCACGAGCCAGGACCUAGUGAUAUUGUUGUACCAGUAAUUCCACGAAGAAAUACUCGCUUACGACAAAACCACCCACGUAAACCUAAGAAAGUUAAUCCACCGUUGCCUACAAUACAAGAUUUACCAUUGGAACCUAUUGAGAAGCCAGAUGCUAACAUGUGUCUUAAGUACACAUUCGGAGUGAACGCUUGGAAGCAAUGGGUUACCACUAAAAACAUCGAUCUAGAAAGAUCUUCGCAACGAUUGAAGCUCUUCAAAACGGAACUGCUCCAACUUACAGCUGAUGAAUUGAAUUAUUCCCUAUGCUUAUUCGUGAACGAGGUUCGCAAACCCAACGGUGCUGAAUACGCCCCUGAUACCAUAUACUAUUUGUGCUUAGGUAUUCAACAAUUCUUAUACGAAAAUGGUCGAAUCGAUAACAUAUUUUGUGAUUCCUACUACGAGAAAUUCACCGAAUGUUUGAACGAUAUAUGCAGAAAAUUCACGGUCAUCUAUAAUGAUUCACAUUACAUAGUGACUAGGGUCGAGGAAGAGCACCUUUGGGAAAGUAAACAACUCGGUGCUCACUCUCCGCACGUGCUUUUAAGUACUUUGAUGUUCUUCAACACAAAAUACUUCAACUUAACAUCGGUCGAUGAACACAUGCAAUUGUCGUUCUCCCACAUAAUGAAACAUUGGAAGAGACAUCCGAACCAACCAACCGCGAAGCAGACCGGUUCCAGAAAUGUACUGCUACGAUUUUAUCCACCUCAAAGGUCGUUAGAAAGUAACUUGAGGAAGAAAAAGGUAUACGAACAGCAGGAAAACGAACUAAAUCCGCUUAGGUGUCCUGUAAAACUUUACGAAUUCUACCUUUCGAAGUGUCCAGAGAGCGUGAAAACUAGAAAUGAUGUAUUUUAUUUACUACCUGAAAGAUCGUGUGUUCCAGAUAGUCCUGUCUGGUACUCUACGAUGGCUUUAGAUAAACCGGCGUUGGAAAAGAUGCUUCACAGGGUUAGAAUGGUAAAGGAAAUUAACGUUGCUUUGCUUACUCAUUAAUCAAUCAUUCAUUGCUUUGCUUAGUAUCAUUACAGUUUGCUUAAUUAUUUUACUACUUCUCAUUAUCAUAAAUUAAUUCUUCUGCUUCAUCUGGUAUUAAUUUUUCCAAUUCUUUGGCUUGAAUUGGACUUAAACUUGAGCUCUUUUGAGACGCUAGCCUUGGUGCACUUGAUGUCCUACCAUCAAUCAUCAUCUGAAAUAAAGUAUA